AUGAAAUAUAUCCCAUAUUCAACAGUCGGAACCAAAGAACAGUCUGAUCGAUGUCCGACAUUUCUCCCAAUAAGUGAAGACAUAUUAUCUUGUCCAAGUCGUUCUAAACGACCUUCCUGUUCAAUCCAUCGAACUACAAAUCGAAACAUCUAUAACAUGGCCGAUCAAGACGCAGCUGGUUUAACUGCUGCUGAUCUAAAAAAGAAGCGAACAUUCCGUAAAUUCACCUAUCGUGGUGUUGAACUCGAUCAAUUAUUAGACAUGAAAACAGAACAAUUGAUGCCACUGUUACACUGUCGCGCUCGACGACGUUUAUCACGUGGUCUCAAACGCAAACCCAUGGCUUUGAUCAAGCGUUUACGCAAAGCCAAAAAAGAAACACCAGAAUUAGAAAAACCACAAGCAGUGAAAACCCAUCUACGUAAUAUGAUCAUUGUACCUGAAAUGGUCGGUAGCGUUGUUGGUGUUCAUCAAGGCAAAACAUUUAACUCAGUGGAAAUCAAGCCUGAAAUGGUUGGACAUUAUCUUGGAGAAUUUUCCAUCACAUACAAACCGGUGAAACACGGUCGGCCCGGUAUUGGUGCCACCCACUCGUCUCGUUUCAUUCCAUUGAAAUAG